GUCCUGCUUCCAUGCAUUCGUCCAGAAAUUUGUGUCCUUCAUCUUGCAUCUCAGGAUCGACCGGUCUACUUCCUUAACCACCUUAGACCCAGUUCAGGAUGUCCGACGAUGGCUAUGGCGGUGGUGGCGGCGGCGGCGAUGACUACGACUACGACGGUCCCAGUUUCAACGAGGGUGCCUUCGAUGAAGGCUAUGAUCUCCUCGCACAAGAACAGGAGGGUGAACAGGCAGAAGGGGAGGAAGCAAAUGGUGAAGUCUCGCACGUCAAUGGAAUCAAUGGAGCAGACCAUGAUCAGGAGAUGGCGAACGGAGAGGAGGGCGCACAACCUCAGCCAGCGCCAUCAAACGUGGGCAUUCAAGGAGAGAGACAGGCAAACAAAGUUAGAGUAACAACACCCUACUUGACCAAGUACGAACGAGCACGAAUAUUGGGGACGAGAGCGCUUCAGAUCAGCAUGAACGCCCCAGUACUUGUUCCCUUGGAUGGCGAGACAGAUGCUCUGCAAAUCGCAAUUAAGGAGCUCUCGCAACGAAAAAUUCCCCUUAUCAUCCGGCGCUAUCUACCCGACGGAAGUUUUGAGGAUUGGAGUGUCUCUGAGCUAAUUAGCGACUGACACAUCUUGUUGAAUCCUCUUCUCGCAAUUUUACCGGGCUCUCGCUUCGGUUGUUACAUUGUCCUGUUUUACUGUCAUCUACCUCA